CAGUUAUUAUAGUUUCUUAUUAUAUUUUUAUUGUUCACGCGUUUUGUUCUUUGUGGAAUAAACUGUCACCACUACCAAACUACGCGUUUCCAGUCUCUCUAUCAAUGGAGUUCAAUACUUUCUUCUCUCCCAUCACACCAAAUAUUUUCUGCUUCUCUUCUUCUCUGUUCUUCUUUCCUGGUAGUUUCAAAAGAUGUUUCAGCUUCUGAGUUUUGUGUUAUUAGGAGUUGUCUUCCUCUUUAGUUUGAUUAAUCCUCUGUUUUCUCUUCCUCCUGAGAAGUUUCUUGCUUGGAUUAGAUCUUUACUUUUCUCUAUGUCACAACCCACUAUGUCUACUACAGAUAUUUCAAAUUCCAUCAGUGAAGCGAAAGAAGAGAAGGAUAAGAAGAAGAAGAGCUCAGCCCACGAUAAAGUGGAGCUGGAGAGGGUGUUUGGCACCUUCGACAAGAAUGGAGAUGGGUUCAUAACGAAGCAAGAAUUAGGGGAGUCGUUGAAGAAUAUGGGACUUUUUACUACAGAGGAAGAAGUGGCAAAUAUGAUUGCAGAGUUGGAUUCUAAUGGUGAUGGGCUCAUCGAUCUGGAUGAGUUCUGUAAAUUGUAUGAUUCGAUGGAGAAGAAUCGAGGAAAGGAGGAGGGUGAGGAAGGAAUUGAUGAUGGGGAGAGAGAUUUGAGAGAAGCGUUUGAUGUGUUUGAUGGGAAUGGAGAUGGGUUGAUAACAGUGGAGGAAUUGGGAUUGGCUCUGUCAUCGAUGGGGCUGAAGCAAGGGAUUGGGAUUCAAGAUUGUAGAGAGAUGAUUAAGAUGGUUGACAUGGAUGGGGAUGGCAUGGUUAAUUUUGAUGAGUUCAAGAUGAUGAUGAUGAAGAAGAAGCCCAGUACUGAACCUGGAACUCAAGCUGCUUCCUCUUAAACUCCAAUCCUCUUCCUCUGCUCUUGUACAGUAAGCAGUGCUUCAAAUCUCUCUCUCUCUCUCUCUCUCUCUCUCUCUCUCUCUCUCUCUCUC